CUAACCAAAAAAAAUUUUUAAGAGUACUCUGAUCAUUCGUUCUCUCCCCCAACCAUCAUUCUUACUCUGAUCUUUCGCUCUCUCCCCCCAAAUUAUGAAUACUCAAUAGAGUCCCACCAUCUUAAAUCUGGAUAAUCUCCAACACUGGCUGAAUGACCCCUCCCUGGUAGUCUUAUAUUAUCUUUAAAUGUCCAUUUGUUUAUUUCCUCUUUGAAGGAAGUAAUUCAGAAUCAAUGGCCUCAACCUUUCUUUUCCUGAUAGAUGAAUUUACUUACCUGGUCAAUCAGGUAAAGUUUCAUCUUCCCUAUGUGGAAGAAGUAGUAAAGCCCAUCAUUGAUAAAUUCUCUGUUGUCCAAAGUUCACUAAAGUAUGCUGAAGAUGCCCUGGAGCAGCAAUUGCUGAAGGAGUUGGAAGGAAUAGUUCGUAACACAAAAGCUGCUAUAGAGAACCAUGCUUUCAGCUUGUCAGCGCCCGGCCAGUGGAGGAGGAGGAGGAGGAGGAGGAGGAUGAUGAUAUUGUUUAAGAGAUGUCCCUUCCGUAAGAGAGUUGAAACAUGGUUUAAGAAGAGUGCCAUUAACUUGAAGUCAGAAAUCCAUGAGUUGGGUGACAAGCUUGCAAACUUGCUUAGCUCCCACUCCUUCAAUGCAGCAGGAGAAAGUUCCCAAAGAAAUCAAAAUAAAGUUGCAGCAGGGGAAGGGUUAUCUUCCCAUCCUCAGGGGAAGCAGGUAUCAGAUUGGAUACGCUCUUCUGCUGAUUACGACGAAAAAGAGGAAGAGGAGGAGGAGGAGGAUGUUAUCAUUGGCUUAAAGCAUGAUAUAGAGUUUCUGAAAACACGGCUGUUGGACAUCAAGGAAAAUCAACUUCUUGUUAUCUCUGUUUUUGGGAUCCAAGGCAUUGGAAAGACAGUUUUAGCAUGGGAGGUCUAUAAAAGCAGUGAUGUGGAUAACCAUUUUGAUUGUAAAGCUUGGGUUUGCAUAUCUUCUGUGGGCAAUGAUAUUGAAGAGAUUUUGAAGGACAUUGUUAAGAAAGUUAUCAUACUCCAAGAAGAUCCAGAGAUAACUGAGGAUGGUCAAGUGGGAUUCCAGAACAAGCUCACAGAAUUUUUGAGAGAGAAGAGGUACCUUAUAGUCAUUGAUGAUGUACCUUGUACGAAAGUAUGGAAUGAUCUGAAAGAAGCAUUUCCAAAUGGACAAAAUGGGAGUAGGAUAAUUCUCACAACACGCAACGUGGAGGUCGCGUAUCUCGCCAAUUCAGAUGGCAGUCCUCACCGGCUAUGGGUUCUAAGUGCAGCAGAUAGUUGGGAGUUGUUCAUAAGAAAGGUAUUCGGAGCUCCAUCAGAAGUAAGUAGUACUGAUACAUCUUCCUCUGCUACUACUAUUACUACUACUACUUCUGAUGCCAUGAAGUACUUGCGCAUCCCUCCUCAUUUGGAAGUUAUUGGAAGAAAGAUGGUGAAAAAAUGUAAGGGUAUACCCCUGUUAAUUGUAGCAUUGGCAGAUCUAGUGUCAACUAGAUCUGUCAAUGCUAGUGAGUGGUCAAGUGUGCUUCAUUGUGCAGAUAUACUUCUCAAAGGAGAUGAUGCCCAUCUCUGGUUUAAUCUAUCAGGCUUCCUUGAUAAGAUGAUAUCUUCACAUGUGAAACAGAGGCUUCCUUGUCUUCUGGAACUCUUUCCAAAUGAGAUCGAAAUCCCUACAAGGAGGUUUAUUCUGUCAUGGGCUGCAGAGGGCUUAUUCUUUGGACAACACUAUGGUGAACUUGCAGAUGAAGAAGUUGCAGAUGACUGUCUACAACAAUUGUUACAUUUUGAUGUAAUCCGAACAGUAAAAGUGAGCUCAAAUGGAAAUGCCAAGACAUGCAGCAUUCCCUGUGAUCUGCCUAAGCACAGGGUUUUAAGUACUAAUAUUGCGCGCAACUCUUCUCAUGAUGAUCAUCGCUGCGUUUGGUUUCAUUAUCCAGAACAAUCUCAUUCUCAUCAACCCCCUGAGAAUCCAGAGCAUGCUGCUCAUUCUGAUGAGCACCCUGAUCAUGAUCAUGGUAAUGCAAAUUUCUGCAAAACACUCUUUUCAUUAUGGUGCUUUAAUUUUCCAGGAGGAUAUGAAGCAGGACAGAAAGUAGGGCUUUUUCUUGGGAGAUGCAUUAGUGAAGGUGGAUUGAAGUUUCUUGGGGUGCUUGAUCUAGAAGGUGUGUUUAGACCUUGCCUCCCUGAGGAAAUUGGAGAGCUAAUCAACUUGAGGUACCUUGGAUUGAGAGAGACCUACUUGGAGACACUCCCCUCAAAUGUAGGCAAGUUGGUGAAUCUCCAAACUCUUGAUACAAAACACACUUAUGUCCGUAAUUACCAUCGUUUUAUUCAGAAACUGAAAAAACUAAGACACCUUCAUCUGAACGAGGGACCCUAUUCUACUGAACUUGUUUCACGGUUGAGUCACUUGGGUGAUCUCAGGACCUUGUCUGGCAUAGUUGUAGAGGAGUUUGAUCUUUUUUAUGGUCUUCAUAGGUUAACUAAACUCAGGAAACUGAGAUUCACAUGUCAGCUCAAUCCACAGAGAAAAGCAGGGACAAUAAAAUGGUUGGAGGAAUUGGAGCAACUCCGUUCAUUAAAGGUGAGAGCCAAAGACUAUAAAAAUCAAUUGGCAACUAUAGGUGAUUUGGAGUUUGUCACCAAAAACAAGGAACUCAACAAUCUAUACUUGCUAGGAAGGUUGGAGGUCAACUUUGAUCCAAGUAAAUUCCCAAAAAAUCUCACCACGCUCACAUUAUCAGGGUCUGAGCUAGAUGAAGACCCAAUGCCAAAAUUGGAGAAGCUACCCAAACUACAAUUCCUUAGGUUACUGUCUAAAUCUUUCAAGGGCCAAAAAAUGGUUUGUUCAUCAAGAGGGUUUGUUCAGCUUCGAGUCUUAAGGAUUUGGAAGCUUGAAGAACUCCAGGAAUUGACUGUGGAAGAAGGAGCGAUGCAAAAUAUUGAGGAGUUAGAGAUUAGAUAUUGCAAAAACUUGAAGAAGCUUUCUUCAGUGCCAGAGACCCUUAGUGAAUUCAAGUUGACCAAAAUGCAGGAGGAAUUUACCAAGAAGUUUGUGAAUCACAAAGCUGUCAAUAUUGUCAAAUAGUUUAGUUUUGCUAGCUAGCUCCGGGCAUGUAUUUCUGGAUUUCAGGAAAAUUUCAUACAAAGUUGGAGAGGACAUGCCAAGUUGCCAACCUGCUUAUUCAAUUGGGUCUUCGUUUGAAUUUCAGUUUGUUUUAUUGUUUGGUGGUUUGUGUGUUUGUCGUUGUCUUUGCCUGAGCAAUCCUUUCUCCGAACUUCUUAAAUGGACAAUGUUUCUAGUUGGAAAAUAAGUAAAUUAAGAUGGCAACAUAUGCCUAUGAUGUAUGUUUCUUAA